CCUGUUAAUGAUGAUGAGGAAUAAUGUUAGUGAAAAAAGUUCUUGAUCAAUUUAUGUAUAAAUAUUCAUUAUAUAAUUAAAGUAGAAUGAUAAUAAUUAACCAUUAACUAUGAAAUCAUUAUUUAUAUUGUGUUUACUUAUUUCAUUAGUAUUCUGUAUGAAUAAAGUGAUGGAAGAUUCUACUCAACAGUUACAAGUUCAAAAGUAUAAUAGAAGAGGAAGUCAACCGAACAUUUUCCAGUGCAUUACUUGUAAAAGUGGUACUGGAAAUGUUUUAGGUAUGAUUUUAAGUCCAUCAACAAACAAGUCGAUCAAUAAAAUAAUUGAAACACUUUGUAUGGAAACAGGUCCAUUUAACACUUCCUGUAGAAUGUUUGCAAAUGAACUUUCAUUACAGGUCUUUUAUCUUUUCCGUCAUAUAGUACCACAAAAGUGGUGUGCUUUUCUCGGUUUCUGUUCUUACCCACCUAUUGUACCUGUUUGUAGAUGUUGUCUUAAUACUGGACAACUGAUAAAAUCAAUGUUAAUGUCGGAACCUUUUCUAUCAGAAUUAUACAAUAACACAUUAACUAUGUGUGAUAAAUUACCCAAAUUAUCAAUCAUAUGCAAUGCACUUCUACAUGAUAUUUUCAUGGCUAUAACCUUAAGCUUCAGUGAACAAUUUGUAGUUUAUCGACUUUGUAAGAAUGGUGGAUUUUGCUGAAAAUUUCAAAAUGUCUAUAUGAAUAUCAGUUUCCAAACAAAAAACAUUUAUAUUACAUGAUGUUAUUCGCACAAAUUAAAUAUACUAUUGGAAUAUUC